CAGCCCAUACCCAGUUCUUAAAGUCUGUUUCAGUCAUGUUAAACUUGAGGUGAUGACAGGAUGUUUGACAGUUUUGUGUGUGUGUGUGUGUGUGUGUGUGUAUACACACACUACACCACACAAAAGCAUUUUCUGUCCCAUAUAAUCUAAGUUUACUAGAUAUUUUCUCAAAUAAUUGUUGCAGUUCCACAAUUGUAUAUUAACUGAUCAGUACCCCAUGGACUCCAAACUCACAUUUUCAAAUCAGUCUGUAGAUUUCAAAUAAGUCUUUUAGAGAAGAUUUGAAAUGGAAGAUACCAUUUCAAAACCUCUUUUGAAUGACACUAAAGCAUGUAGUAGGCCUAUGGAAUGAGCAUACUGUCAAAAGGCAUUAAGUGGAAAACGCUCCCUGCUCUGGGGGCGGGGAUUUGUUCUACAAAGCCUCCUGUCAUGCCAGUGGCCAACUAGAGAAGUUGGAGUUUUUUCUUUUUUUUUUUUUUUCCUCCUUUGACAUGUGCUUUAGUUGCAGUGGAAAGGAAAUGUGUCAUCUGUGGUUUGGUUUUAAAAGUGGAAAACUAGCUGCACAUAUCCUUUUUUACUGCAGAUUUACUUUAAGGCUCAUAUUCUCCAAGUCUAUUCUGCUUUAAAUAAGAAGACAAGAAAAGAAGUGGUUUAUCAAAAUCACGUUAUAAUCAGAUUUUGACCAAGCAUUUUGUAAGAUUACCAGUAUGCCCACGGACAUGGAACACACAGGACAUUACCUACAUCUUGCCUUUCUGAUGACAACAGUUUUUUCUUUGUCUCCUGGAACAAAAGCAAACUAUACCCAUCUGUGGGCUAACAGUACUUCUUCCUGGGAUUCAGUUAUUCAAAACAAGACAGGCAGAAACCAAAAUGAAAACAUUAACACAAACCCCGUAACUCCUGAAGUAGAUCAUAAAAGCAAUUCUACAAACAUGCCUGAAACAUCUCACAUCGUAUCUUUAACUUCUAAAUCUGAACAGGAGCUUUAUAUACCUUCUGUCGUCAGCAACAGUCCUUCAAUAGUACACAGCAUUGAAAACACAAGCAAAAGUCAUGGUGAAAUUUUCAAAAAGGAUGUCUGUGUGGAAAACAACAACAUGGCUAUGCUAAUUUGCUUAAUUAUAAUUGCAGUGCUUUUUCUUAUCUGUACCUUUCUAUUUUUAUCAACUGUGGUUUUGGCAAACAAAGUCUCUUCUCUCAGACGAUCAAAACAAGUAGGCAAGCGUCAACCUAGAAGCAAUGGCGAUUUUCUGGCAAGUGGUCUAUGGCCCGCUGAAUCAGACACUUGGAAAAGAACAAAACAGCUCACAGGACCCAACCUAGUGAUGCAAUCUACUGGAGUGCUCACAGCUACAAGGGAAAGAAAAGAUGAAGAAGGAACUGAAAAACUUACUAACAAACAGAUGGGUUAGUGAAGAAAAAUGCAAAGUAGCAAUGAGAAGGGUUAUGGAGUAAAAAUGAAGUCAGUUGGUAUUUAAUCCCAAAGUGUUGUUCUGAUGAUCUAAAAUUUGACAUGGUAGACCUUGCAAUUUAGAAUCAAGCAGGUGAGACAGGUAGAAGUAUGCCUGCUGAAUUACUUAAACUGUGUACUUUUGUUCUGACACUGAAUAUUUUAAAAAGCAAAUAAUAAAAUAACUAAGCAUUUGAGGAAAGUUUUAAGGAUAAAUUGAGGAAACUGAUUAAUAGAGAUAGCAAGGGACAAUUAAAUAAAUAUUCCCUAUGUAGCAAUAGUGGUUAGAUGAUCUUUGUCUGAAUGUAAUUAAACUUUGAAGAGUUUUAGUGUGUGCUUAAAGCCAAGUAUAUGCUUUAACAUCAAAUGGAAGUCAAAUUCCUAAUGCAUAGAUAGAGCUAAACUGUGUAAUUUAAUGGUAUCUUCUUUGCUGGAUGUGGCAGAAUCCAUACCAGCUUAUCAAUCAACACAGCUAAUUUUAGCCUAGAUCCUUUUAUCUUUCCAUAUGGCACACGUAAGAAAGUGUUUUUCUACUAUUAAUACUAAAUUAAAACCUUUACUUUUGUAUAAUAAAUUAAAACUCAGAAUAAACCUGUGACCAUGUA